UCGGGACAGGGGACCUUGGUACUGGACUCCUGUGGGUUUCCCGGCGCUGCGGUCAUGGGAGCGGGUGCCACCGGCGAGCCCGAGGUGGGCGAAGUGCUGCCCCAGCACAAGUUCGACCUCAAGUCCCUGGAGGCCUACCUACAGCAGCACUUGCCUGGCUUUGGGGCCACGCCCGAGUCCAGGCUGCUCGUUGCUCAGUACAGAUCAGGGCAGUCCAAUCCAACCUUUUAUCUCCAGAAGGGCUUUCAGACAUAUGUACUCAGGAAAAAACCGCCAGGUUUACUUCUUCCUAAAGCGCAUAAGAUCGAUAGGGAAUUUAAAGUCCAGAAAGCCUUGUAUUCUGUUGGAUUCCCCGUCCCCAAGCCUUUACUGUACUGCAGUGAUGCUUCUGUCAUUGGAACCGAGUUUUACGUCAUGGAACAUGUGCAGGGUCGAAUCUUUCAUGAUUUCUCAAUUCCUGGAGUCAGCCCUGCAGAACGCUCAGCCUUAUAUGUGGCCAUGACAGAAACUUUGGCUCGGUUACAUUCCUUCAGUGUGCAGUCACUGCAGCUGGAAGGUUAUGGAACAGCUGCCGGGUACUGCAAAAGACAGGUAUUGACCUGGACAAAGCAAUACCAAGCUACAGCUCAUCAAGACAUCCCUGCCAUGGUACAGCUAUCCGAGUGGCUAAUGAAAAACGUGCCAGAUAAUGACAAUGAAGAGAGUUUGAUUCAUGGAGACUUCAAACUAGAUAAUAUAGUUUUCCACCCUAAAGAGUCUCGAGUUAUUGCAGUGCUCGACUGGGAGCUUUCAACCAUUGGUCAUCCUUUGUCAGACUUAGCUCAUCUUUCCAUGUUCUACUUUUGGCCAAGGACAAUUCCAAUGAUAAAUCAACGUUCUCAUAUUCAAGGAGUCAUAGGGAUACCAUCAAUGGAAGAACUGAUUUCAAUAUAUUGUCGCUACAGGGGGAUUAACCCUGUUCUUCCUAACUGGAAUUUCUUUCUUGCCCUUUCAUGUUUUAAAAUAGCUGGAAUAGCACAGGGAGUAUAUCAAAGGUAUCUUCUGGGAAAUAACUCAUCUGAGGAUAGCUUUCUGUUUGCCAAUAUUGUUCACCCUCUGGCAGAAACUGGAUUACAACUCUCCAAAAGAACUUUUAAUACUACGUUACCACAGAGUGAUGCUACCAGACAUUUGUUUGCACAGACUAAGAAAGGCCAGGAAAUUCUUACUAAGGUGAAAUAUUUCAUGAAACAACACAUCCUUCCAGCCGAGAAGGAAGUAAUUGAAUUCUAUAUUCAAAAUGAAAAUUCCAUGGACAAAUGGAGGAAACCUUUAGUGAUUGAUAAACUCAAGGAAAUGGCCAAAGCAGAGGACCUGUGGAACUUGUUUUUGCCAGCUGUAAGCGGUCUCAGCCAGGUGGACUAUGCCUUGAUUGCUGAAGAAACAGGAAGAUGCUUUUUUGCUCCAGAUGUCUUUAACUGCCAAGCACCAGACACCGGGAACAUGGAAGUGCUGCACCUCUAUGGAAAUGAGGAACAGAAGCGGCAGUGGCUGGAGCCUCUUCUUCAAGGGCACAUCACCUCUGCCUUCUGUAUGACAGAGCCUGAUGUAGCUUCAAGUGAUGCCACAAAUAUUGAAUGUAGCAUCCAUCAAGAUGGGGAUAGCUAUGUGGUUAAUGGCAAGAAAUGGUGGACCAGUGGAGCAGGGAAUCCAAAAUGUAAAAUUAUACUUCUUUUGGGAAGAACUAAAAAUACUUCUGUAUCCAGGCACAGACAACACAGCAUAAUUCUUGUUCCCAUUGACACACCUGGAGUAGAAUUAAUUAGGCCUUUGUCAGUUUUUGGCUAUAUGGAUCAGUUACAUGGAGGACAUUUUGAGAUCCAUUUUAAUCAAGUACGAGUUCCUGCUACCAAUCUAAUACUAGGUGAAGGCAGGGGAUUUGAAAUUUCCCAAGGCCGCCUGGGACCGGGCAGAAUCCACCACUGUAUGAGAACAGUCGGUCUGGCUGAACGUGCUCUGCAGAUCAUGUGUGAACGGGCAACACAAAGGGUGGCCUUUAAGAAGGAACUGUAUGCACAUGAGGUUGUGGCUCACUGGAUUGCUGAGAGCCGCAUUGCAAUUGAGGAGAUCCGCUUGUUGACCCUGAAAGCUGCCCACAGCAUUGACACUCUGGGCAGUGCUGGAGCUAAGAAGGAGAUUGCAAUGAUCAAAGUGGCUGCCCCACGAGCUGUCUGCAAAAUUAUUGACCGAGCCAUCCAGGUGUGUGGAGGUGCAGGUGUGUCCCAGGAUUACCCUCUGGCUAACAUGUAUGCCUUAACCCGAACCCUGCGCAUAGCAGAUGGGCCUGAUGAAGUCCACCUCUCAGCAAUUGCAGGAAUGGAGCUCCGGGAGCAAGCCAAAGGGUUGUCAGCCAAGAUGUGAAGAAAAUAACAUCACCACAACAGGCAGAAAGUCGCCUUCAUAUAAACUUAAUAGGCUCCAACAUUUAAUUGUAUAUUUUUGCGGUAGAU